CGGACCGAACCGAACCGGACCGGACCGGGAAGAGGCGGUUUGCGGCCCGAGCCUGAGUGAAAGUUCUCUUCAAAGAUGGAUAAAAUCUACUCUGAAGCCAUGGAGGAAAAGGAGCUCACCCUUCCCACACAGCGACGCUCCUCGAUCUUGAAACUUCCCCGGAGCCCACUGCGAGACCUCGGAAGUGGAAAUGAAAUCAUUCAGGAUGUCGGUACCGUGAAAGGCCGGAAGAGCUCUCGACGAGUCAGUUUUGCUGAAACUAUAAAGGUAUUUCAGAGGAGUCCCGACUCAAACAGCGAGGACCAGCCAGAAGAUUCAGGGAAAACAGCCGAAGAAGGAGAAAACAUUCCACUCAGCCAGAAGGAGAGGCCGGAGGAUAUGCUCUGGGAGAUCAGCGGCAUGGACACGCUGCUAAACGCUCCGAUCCAGGCGCCAUUGCAGCAGACUGAGGGACCGACUGGGGACCCCGCCUACGGAGAUCGGCCGGCGACUGACAGAACCGUGGUCUUUGCAGAUGAAAACCAGAUGGACCUCACGGCCAGUCACACCGUGAUGAUCUCCCAGGGCCUCUUAGAGAGGACUGAAGAGUCCAAGAAGAUAGACACCAAAUCCUUCCUGGCUAGCCUGAAGGACAACACCGCAGGAUCGGAGAGGAGCGAGAGGUGCGGUUUCUCCUCCAACCCUAAUGAAGCAGCCGACGAAUACGUGUUCCAAAUGGAACCAAACCUCUCUUCUGAAAAGAAGUUCAAUUUCAGUGACUUGUUGAGUAGAUUGAGACCGGGCCAACCUACUAGCGCCUCAGGCAACGGGCCUGAUACAGAAAACACUCUUACCUCUCUCCGUUCUCGAGAUCCGGGCAGCGACGUGUCUCCGGGCCAAGAGGACAGUAGCUACAGGACCAGACUCUUCGGAGAACAAGACGAUGGAAUGGACAUAACCCAACACCACUCAGCUGUCAUUCAGACCUUCGGGCCCCCGGGCAGUGAGGCCUUGUUAAAGCCGGGUGAAUGUCGGGGAGGAACUCUUGGUGGCCCCGAAGACUUUAUGGAUUUGACUGUGAAUCAGACCGGACCCAUUCUCUCCUCUGGACACGAGCCCUCCGACAGAGAGAAUCGGGGUUCCGAGGUCACAGUGGGUCUGACCGGCAAUCCUGGGGUUUGCGGGAUUCCUCCACAGGACCCCAGUCCCGAAGACCCAACAGUGAAGGCAGACAACGAAAUGGAUAUCACCAGAAGCCACACGGUGGUAAUAGACAAUCACACGAUGCCUCAGGCAGCCGAGGGUCCGGCCCCCACCUGGCCCGGCACAGCCUUUCCGGGGGCUUGGGCCGUUUUUGACGCUAGCCCCGAGGAGGCCUCGGAAAAUCCCGGGAGUUUCUCGCCUGGGGCAGUUAGUAAAAAUCCUCUGGGGCCUGGCCAGAGUUAUACCGAGAUGCCUCCGAAAACAGAGCGGGCCGCCCCCGCGUCCUCAGGGCCGAGCCAAAAGCCCUUCCCCUUAGGCGGCAGAGUGGCGGUUCCCGGUUUGGACGCGGCAGAAGAAACGGAAGGAGCCAAAAGACACGCGGUGGCCGUUAGCCUCCAAGACAAGGAAGAGGCCGCCUCGCAGAAGGCAGGAUCUCAAACUGAAGCACCCCUGGAUGCCGCGGCCCUUGAGAGAGAGGAGGCGUUGGAAGGUCCGGGGGCAGGCAUUCCUUCCAGGCGACCGAUGUCUCCCGAUGCCACAGGACGCGGUGACGUCGAAAUGACUACAAGCCACACUCUCGACAUUAACAGCCGCGCAUUGAAACCCGCUUUAAAGGGAAGUUCCCGGGGUCCCGAGCAGCUGAGAAAAAGUCUAGCUCUCUCCUCCUCCACCUCUUCUGUUCGGGGCUUUGCCUUUUUAGAGGCACAGCAAGGUCUAGGCAGGCCCCCAAGCCAUCCCACCGUCACUGACCUGGGAGCUGGCCCUGCAGUGCCGAAGGGUGACGACACAGUCCCCGCGAGUAUAAUCUGUAAACCACAGAGCGGGCUGCCCGACAGAGCCUUCUUCACUCCUGAUUCAUCGGAUAAGGAUUUCACCCAAAGUCAGGCCGGGCCAAUAAAGCAGGAUGGCUCUGGGCUGGACUUCAGUCAGGCACAGCCAACCGCAAACUCCGAAAAGACAAUUUCCACAGCCCCAGGGCAUUGUUCUUGGCCCGAGGAGAUGCCGUCCAAGGGAGCUUCGAUCGCAAAGCCUCUUGCUAGUGAGAAGACCCAGGAGUUUUCAGAGGGUGACAUGGAGCUAACUAGGUGUCACACAACUACAGUGGAAGGUAAAAAUGUCUUAGGAGAUCAGAGAGCCGUUAGAACCAACCCGCCGGGGCUUGUCGAUAAAACAGUCGUAUUUGCGGAUGAUCUCGACGACCUGGAACUGACACGGUCCCACACCGUCAACAUUGAUUUCAAGACCCUGGAAAAGGUGAAGACUCCGGAAAAGUCCACGUCAGAGCUGGUUAGGAGAACAGGAUUGGCUGAGCCAGCGGUGCUGUCUACCGGCAGUGACAGGACCGUCUUCUUUUCGGAGGAUGACGAAGGUGACAUGGAGAUCACCCAAAGACAUUCGGACACAGUAGGUGGCAAAAGCUUUCUCCUGGGUCAACGGCAAGAAAGUGGGAUGCUUCCUCUCGCUGCAGAAAAAACAGUCGUGUUUUCGGACAAUCUCGAAGACGUGGAACUGACCAGAUCCCACACCGUCAACAUUGAUUUCAAGACCCUGGAAAAGAAGAAGACUCCGGAAAAGUCCACGUCAGAACUGGUUAGGAGAACAGGAUUGGCUGAGCCAGUGGUGCUGUCUACUGGCAGUGACAGGACCGUCUUCUUUUCGGAGGAUGACGAAGGUGACAUGGAGAUCACCCAAAGACAUUCGGACACAGUAGGUGGCAAAAGCUUUCUCCUGGGUCAACGGCAAGAAAGUGGGAUGCUUCCUCUCGCUGCAGAAAAAACAGUCGUGUUUUCGGACAAUCUCGAAGACGUGGAACUGACCAGAUCCCACACCGUCAACAUUGAUUUCAAGACCCUGGAAAAGAAGAAGACUCCGGAAAAGUCCACGUCAGAACUGGUUAGGAGAACAGGAUUGGCUGAGCCAGUGGUGCUGUCUACCGGCAGUGACAGGACCAUCUUCUUUUCGGAGGAUGACGAAGGUGACAUGGAGAUCACCCAAAGACAUUCGGACACAGUAGGUGGCAAAAGCUUUCUCCUGGGUCAACGGCAAGAAAGUGGGGCGCUUCCUCUCGCUGCAGAAAAAACAGUCGUGUUUUCGGACAAUCUCGAAGACCUGGAACUGACCAGAUCCCACACCGUCAACAUUGAUUUCAAGACCCUGGAAAAGAAGAAGACUCCGGAAAAGUCCACGUCAGAACUGGUUAGGAGAACAGGAUUGGCUGAGCCAGUGGUGCUGUCUACCGGCAGUGACAGGACCGUCUUCUUUUCGGAGGAUGACGAAGGUGACAUGGAAAUCACCCAAAGACAUUCGGACACAGUAGGUGGCAAAAGCUUUCUCCUGGGUGAACGGCAAGAAAGUGGGAUGCUUCCUCUCGCUGCAGAAAAAACAGUCGUGUUUUCGGACAGUCUCGAAGACCUGGAACUGACCAGAUCCCACACCGUCAACAUUGAUUUCAAGACCCUGGAAAAGAAGACGACUCCGGAAAAGUCCACGUCAGAGCUGGUUAGGAGAACAGGAUUGACUGAGCCAGUGGUGCUGUCUACCGGCAGUGACAGGACCGUCUUCUUUUCGGAGGAUGACGAAGGUGACAUGGAGAUCACCCAAAGACAUUCGGACACAGUAGGUGGCAAAAGCUUUCUCCUGGGUCAACGGCAAGAAAGUGGGACGCUUCCUCUCGCUGCAGAAAAAACAGUCGUGUUUUCGGACAAUCUCGAAGACCUGGAACUGACCAGAUCCCACACCGUCAACAUUGACUUCAAGGUCCUGGAGAGGACGGCGAUUCCAGACAAGUCCACGGCAGAGGUGGUUAGAAGAACAGGCUCGGCUGAGCCAGUGGUGCUGUCUACCGGUCGUGACAAGACCGUCUUAUUUUCAGAAGAUGACGAAGGUGAUAUGGAGAUCACCAAAGGGCAUGUGAUCGUGGGCGGAGGCAAAACUCUUCUUACUGGGGAGCAGCAAGAAAGUGGGGUGCUUACUGUCCCUGCAGAAAAAACAGUCGUGUUUGGGGACCAUCACGAUGACCUGGAACUGACCAGAUCCCACACCGUUAAAAUCGAUUACCAAACCUUGGAGAAGCCAGUGAUUCCAGACAAGUCCACGUCGGAGGUGGUUAGAAGAACAGGCUUGGCUGAACCAAAGAUGGUGUCUUCCGGUAGUGACAAAACCAUCUUCUUCUCAGGAGAUGGCGAGGGUGAUAUGGAGAUCACCCAAAGACAUACGGACCCAGUAGGUGACAAAAGCUCUCUGCCGGGUGAACAGCAAGAAAGUGGGAUCGUUGCUGUCCCUGCAGAAAAGACGGUUGCGUUUGCAGAUGACCUCGAUGACUUGGAACUGACCAGAUCACACACUGUUAACAUUGAUUUCAAGAUCCUGGAGAGGACGAUGAUUCCAGACAAGUCCACUUCAGAGGUGGCAAGAACAGCCUUGACUGAACCAAAGAUGGCAUCUACCGGUAACGAUAAGACCACCUUCUUCUCGGGCGAUGGCGAGAAUGAUAUGGAGAUCACCCAAAGACAGACAGACACAGAAAGUGGCCAGAGUGUUCUCCUGGGAACACAGCAAGAAAGUGGGAUCCUUACUGCCCCUGCAGAAAAGACAGUUGUGUUUGCAGACGAGCUGGAUGACUUGGAACUGACCAGAUCGCACACUGUGAACAUCGACUUCAAGAUCCCGGAGAGGACGGCGAUUCCAGACAAGUCCGCAGCGGAAGUCGGUAGAAGAAGGGGCUCGGUCGAACCGAAGAUGGUGUCUGCCUGUGGUGACAACACCAUCUUCUUCUCAGGAGAUGGCGAGGGUGAUAUGGAGAUCACCCGAAGACGUACGGAUGCGGUGGGCGGCAGAAGACUUCUGCCAGGUACACGGCAAGAGAGUGGGAUGCCUCCUGUCCCUGCAAAAAAGACCGUUGUGCUUUCAGACAAUCUCGAUGACUUGGAACUGACCAGAUCUCACACUGUUAACAUUGACUUCAAGAUCCCGGAGAGGUCCGUGAUGACAGACAAGUCCGCGGCCGAGGUGGAUAGAAGAACGGGCUUGGCUGAGCCAAAGAUGGCAUCUGCUCUUAGCGACAGGACCGUCUUCCUCUCAGAGGAUGGCAGUGAUGCUGUCGGGCUCCCCAAGAGACACGACGUUCCCCCGGGCGGACGGCAAGCAAGCGGUGCGCUUACCGCUCCCGCGGAAAAAGCAGCUGUGUUUUCCGACAAUCUCGACAGCCUGGAGCCAACCGGCUCCCGCACCGCCGACCCAGUUUAUGAGACCUCGGAGAAGACGAGGAUCCGAGACAAGUGUCCCUCAGAGGGAAAUAGGCGCAAAAGCUUGGCUGGGCCGAAGACCGAGCCCUCUCCGGAUGAUUCGCCUCAAAAAUGCCAAACUUUAGCGUUAGGCCAGGAUCUCGAAAAGGUAGUUAAGCCUAAAUCAAAGAGAGUGUCAUUUAAGCUGCCGGAGGGUCGUUUGGAAAACUUCCCUGAUGAGGCAGGAGAAAGCCAAGGGAUGGAGACCCCAGAAGAUGAUGUCUUUACCUCUCCACUCCCACCGGGAUUAGAGGAGAAGGGACAUGACGUCUCCAGUCCCGAGGCAUCAAAGCCUCCGGGCCCUGUAGGAGGGCAUCCAGUGGCUGCGUGUGAAAACGAAUCCCAAAUGUUCCAUGCUGCACAAGAGCCCGAUGGCCUCGGUGAGAGGAAGGGAAAAGAAAACGUGCCAGCGCCCGGAGGAGAUAGUGCCGGCGGAGACCCUCAAACUAAAUCGGACCCGCCUGCGCAGAUGGACCCGAUCCCCAGCGGCGCUUCCCAACUGCCCGAUCCGAAAAUGCCCUCCCCAACCUCAGGGAUCACCAACAUCAAGGUGCAGCUCCGUAACAUGAAGAGGAAGUCGGAAGUUAUUUCACCAGCGCGAACUGACCCCGAAUCAAACGUCCCAGAGCAGUCGUCCGCGGCGGCGCGCCGGGCAGAGGAGUACGUGCCCGCCGCCAAAAGCCGGGACCGUCCCAGCACGAGCGGGAAGUGGGAUCCCCGCGGAGAGAGGAAGAGUUGUCCCAAGGAUGGCGACCUGCCUGAGCGGCCUGUUCUCAAGGAGAGAAGUAAGGUGGGGCGGCACUCCUUAGGGGUCUUCUUGCCCAGGCUGCCGAACAAAAGAAACUCCAGCGUCACAGGAAUGGAGGGUCCAGAGGAGAGGUCAGCGGUCCCCGUUGACCGGCGGAUUUUGGACAGCCAGCCCUCCACCAGCCAAGCCGGGAAUUUCGCGUUCCUCGGCGCCCAGCUGAGGCUGAGCCCCGCCCGGUACAUAAGCGAGGAGUUCCUCCCCGGGGCACCCGAAGAGAUGGAUUCCCUCGACGCCUGGGAGGAGACGGGCCGCAGAGAGAGCCCGGCCCGGCCCGGCGCCGUCCAGGAGGCUUCCGGCAGCCACAAAAGAUCCAGGCAGCUGGAGGAUGCGGACAAGCACCGGGAGAAGAAGAUCCGGAAGACGGGGAGCGGCUCCGGCGGGGCCGCGCAGCCGUCCCACCAGGCCGAAGACCACAAGGGUAAGAGUCCUCCCAGCCUCCUCGCGAAGAGUUUGAGCAGGACUCCCGCUAGCUGCAGCAGCUCCCUGGACUCCACCAAGGCGGAGGGGUCAUCCAUGGAUUUCAGCAUGCAGCGAAGCAGUUACAUGGAGUCUCAGUUCCCCAGGGACAGUAUGUGCGAAGAAAACCUGAAGGAGAAACUCAAGGACGGCCGGAUCACCGUGGGCGAGUUCUUCACCCUUCUCCAAGUCCACAUCCUGAUCCAGAAACCCCGGCAGAGCAAGCUGCCAGGCAAUUGUGCCUUGAGUGCCCCAUCCUCUCCAGAAGACCUGUUUAUGAGCCAGUAUGUCUACCGCCCCAAGAUCCAGAUUUACGAAGAGGACUGCCAGGCUCUCCGCCAGACAAUCGAGGAGUUGAAGCUCUGCGCCAAAGGUCAAGAUAAACUCCUGGUGGACGUAAACAGGAGCCUGUGGGAAGUGAUGCGAGGCUGCUCCGACGAAGAGCUGAAGACCUUCGGAGAAGACCUGAACAAGAUGAAGUCGCGUUUCACCAAGAAGAGCAAACUCUUGGCCCAUCAACGGAAAGUGGCUCUGUACAGUAAACUGGUGCAGUCCUGUCAGGUCCAAUGGGAGAAGCUCCAGAAUAUGGUGGAGAGGACGGAUGGCGUGCUGGAGGAAGUGGAUUCCAGCCUGGCGGUGCUGCAGAUAGAAACGGAGAUCCUGGAGCAGUGUGAGGAGGAUGCCAGCCCUGAUUCGGACUGCGACGUGGAAUGGAAAUGCGGAAUGAGAGCUGUGAAACAAGAACUGGAGAGCCUGCAGACCCAGGAGGAGGAACUGCUAAGGAGCGUAGCAGACCUGAAGAGGGAGAAACAGCAGGCUCUUUCUACGAUGAGCCAUUGGCAAGAAGAAACAAGAAGAGCGGAAAAAUGGAUCAACAAACUCACCUUCUCAGAGUGGGAGAUCAAGGAAUGGAACAGUCAGCAGGCCACGUUCACCUUCCUUUAUGACUCACUGGACCUCACCUUCACCUUUGGGGAGCCCAUGGGUGAUUCUGUCUUUAAUGACAAGCCUUGUAGGUCAGUCAUUGACGUGAACUUUGAAUCUCAAUUAGACGUGGACAGAGUGCCUCCGUCCACCCUGCUUGUUCACAGGCUCAUUUUCCAGUUCAUAGAAGAGCAGGGAUCCUGGAAAGAGGCUUACCCAACCCAACUCCAGAUACCCAAGAUGCUGCACGACUUCUCGCUGGUAGUGAGCCGCUGCCGUCUCCUGGGAGACGAGGUUGAGUUUCUGAGUAGAUGGGGCCCGAAGUACAACCUCAUCAAGAUAGCCGUGAACGGAAAUGAGGUGAAGCUCUUAUUCUCCAGCACCGCGUCCUUUGCAAAGUUUGAGCUGACGAUGUCUCUGUCGGCUAACUACCCCAUGGCCCCGCUGCCCUUCACCUUCCAGAACCGCAUUGGGAAGAUCAGCCAAGAGGACGUGGCCGCCGUCCUGUCCAGAGUGCCCCUGGGCUCCAACUACCUGAAGACCGCCGUCCAGCUCAUCCACCGGGAUCUACUCCAAGGACCCCCCAGGGGCUCGCCAGGUCCCGGAGAGGCACCGCAGUGACGUCCCCGGAUCUCCUUCCUCCUCGAGAGCAGCUUUCCGCCGGCGGUCCGGGCCACUUUAGCCCGCUGGAGCCACGGCUAGCGGUGCCAGGUCAGCGGGGCACCGCUCUGUUCCGUGGCGACAACUUGGACAGCUGGGAGAACCCGGCUCCAAACCAGAGCGGCUCUUGGGGAUUGGGAGGGGAGGGCGAGUCCACCGGCGAAGUGGGGGGAACCCCGUUGGCCCCCCGGUGCCAGGUGUUUUGCGCAUCGUCUGUUAUUCUAGUUCCUGUUUCUUGACCAGCCCCGUUUCGGCUGAGGGACGUCUCCCCGAGCUGCCCCGGGAACCCUGCCCGGCAGGUCAGGCCAGCGAACACGGGGCCGCCGAACCGACCGCGCCUUCGGACGUACAGUCCUUUGGCCGUGUCCGGGCCCCCAGGGAUUAAGCGUGCACCCCCUGGGAGGCCUAGCCCCCUUUCUCGCACAAGUGUGGGGCCGAGUUGAAAUCCGUCCUCGGAGGCGGCGAAGCGCCGGAGCAGGUGGCCUGUGGCCAGCCGGCGGCGGGCGCCUUUUCCUCCUACGGAAAAUUGGGCCCGGGGGAGAUGUCAGAGUCCCUUCCGGCACCUUGUGUGCCCCCCACCCCACCCUCCCGUGAGUCUACCUCCAUCUCCCGUCCCGGGACCGGUUCAACGAACCCCAGUGCUUCCCGAGGGGCGGGAACUCUGACCACCCCCCCCACCCUCCACUCCCGCACAAACACAUCCAACAGCACUUCCCUGCCCCCCGGUUGGCUUUUCCCACUUUCCACCCUGGAAUGCGGCCCACCGGUAGCAUCGGCAUCCGAUUCAGGCUCCUCCGCAGGCAGAGUGUGUUGUCUCUCUAAGGCUGGCCUAGGGGAGGGCGGGUGACCCUGACGCCCCCGCUCUCGGCGCCUCCCGAGCAUCCGCGAAGAUGGAACGAUUUUCGAGCGAUCAAGCCGAGCUCCCGAGUUCCUUCUUCAGCACGGGCGUCCCGUUGCCGUCGCGAACCCCGGGGACCCCCUCCGCGGGCCCUGGCACCAAGUCUCAGGGAGCCCUCCGUGGCAGGGCGACCUCAGGAUCCUCGCCCUCCCUGGAGAGAGAGCAAACCUCCCGCCUGUGGUACCGGAAUCCUGAACCCGGGUCCUGGGGGCAAACAGCCAGGGAACGUGGCCCGUCGGCCCUCUCGUCCCCCGAGUUCUGUAUGUUUGUAUAGUUUGCCGUUUCUGUUAAUUAUCCGCCAGGCUUCCGGUGCUCUGAGAGAACGGAAAGCGUAUUUAAUAAAGUUCGUUUUUACUAUUA